AUGGCCAUAAUUUCAGCAGAUCACAAGAUUCCACAGCUAACAUAUGGAACAUUUUUGAAAGCAAAGGAUGACAAAAAGCUUUACCCAUUUUUGUACCAAAUGGUCCCAAAUGAAGCCCACCAGCACAUGGGAGUUGUGCAGUUACUUCAGCAUUUCAGAUGGACGUGGAUUGGGCUCUUGGCUGUGGAUGAUGACAAAGGGGACCAUUUUGUACAGACAAUACUAUCAGUCCUUUCUGAAAAUGGAAUAUGUUAUGCCUUCAUAGUCCAUCACAUUCUAAGAAGCAUUUUAUUCAACAACAGUGCUGGAGACACUGUGCGCUUUGAUGAAAAUGGAGAAUUAGUUACAGGUUUUGAUGUUACAAACUGGCUGAUGUUCCCCAAUGGCUCAGUGGUCAGAGUCAAAGUUGGAAGACUGGAACCUCAGGCUCCUCCAGACAAAGAGUUAACCAUUCAUGAUGAUCAAAUUGUCUGGCAUCAAAGCUUUAAUCAGGUGCUGCCCCUUUCUGUGUGCAAUGACUACUGCUAUCCUGGCUACAGCAGGAAAAAGAAAGAGGGAGAGAAAUUUUGCUGCUAUGAUUGUGCUCCGUGUCCAGAAGGGAUGAUCUCCAACAAGAAGGAUAUGGAUGUCUGUGUCAAAUGUCCAGAAGAUGAGUAUCCCAGCAAGGACCAAAGUCAAUGCAUUUCCAAAGUCCUAAGCUACCUCUCUUACAAAGAACAUUUGGGGAUCAUCUUAGUUAUAUUGGCCAUUUCUUUGUCUUUAGUCACAGUUUUAAUCCUUGGAACUUUUGUGAAGCAUAAGGACACUCCCAUUGUCAAAGCCAACAACCGGACCCUCACCUACAUCCUCCUCAUCUCCCUCCUCCUUUGCUUCCUCAGCUCGUUCCUCUUUAUUGGGCAGCCUGGAAAGGUGAUGUGCCUUUUUCGACAAACAGCUUUUGGCAUCAUCUUCUCUGUGGCCCUUUCCUCUGUGUUGGCAAAAACUGUUACUGUGGAACUGGCCUUCAUGGCCACCAAACCAGGAUCCAGCAUGAGGAAAUGGGUGGGGAAAGGACUGGCAAAUUCUAUUGUCCUCUCCUGCUCCUUUCUGCAAGCUGCCAUUUGCACUCUAUGGUUAAACACAUCCCCUCCAUUCCCAGAUACAAACAUGCACUCAGUGAAUGGGGAAAUAAUACUACAAUGUAAUGAGGGUUCAGCAACCAUGUUUUACUGUGUCUUGGGCUACAUGGGCUCCCUAGCAAUUGUCACCUUCUUUGUGGCUUUCCUAGCCAGGAAGUUACCUGAUAGUUUCAAUGAAGCCAAAUUUAUCACGUUCAGCAUGUUGGUCUUUUGCAGUGUUUGGUUGUCUUUUGUUCCAACCUACCUGAGCACUAAAGGAAAAUACAUGGUGGCUGUGGAGAUCUUCUCCAUCCUGUCCUCCAGUGCUGGGUUACUGGGUUGUCUUUUUUCUCCUAAGUGCUACAUCAUUGUGAUGAGGCCUGAAUUAAACAGCAGGGAACAACUAAUAAGCAGGAAAAGUGAGAGGGGAAAAAACUAA